AUGCGGCUCCCCGUCGAGAUCCAGGUUCAAAUCAUCGAGGCUGCGGUUCAAACCAUACCGAUCGCAGACUUGGUCCAAGCACGACUCGUCAACAGCUUUUUCGCGGAGGAAAUAAUGACCUGCCUUAUGCGAAGCCCCCGCCUAGAAAGCGACGGCUUUGGCUUCCGAGAAGACGACGAUUCACCCUUUGUUUAUGAUAUUGGCCGAAAUAAGUCUCACGAGACAUGGUGGUAUAAAUUUCCCCGCCGCUACAAAUGUCAAUACCUUCACCACAAGGUGAAGCGAGAUCUGCACAGCCGGUGCGCAUUUUCCGCGUUUGUCCAUAAGCUCCUUGAGCUGCCGCAUGAGCCACGUACGCCCAAAGAGGAACACGAAUUGGUCGAUAAGUUGAUUGAUGCAUGGAUAUGCGGCAAAUUCUAUCGAAUUCGUGAUCUCGUCGAUCCUAAUCGCUGUGAGAAGUAUUUCCAGGACCAUCAAAUGUCGAGCCUCACCCGCCCAAGAUAUGGACCCUGGGAGCCCUUCGAAAUAACAAUGUCUGCUGCACUUGCGACCAGCGCAAUUAGGAGAGGCGACUACGUUGAGCUAAAAGCCCUCCUUAGCCAUCAUAAAGACCUUGACACCUACCGUUAUACACCUGGCGGGGUCUUGGGUCGCGCAAGUGGCCGUUUUGGUGGUAUCUGUCCACUAGACCUCGCAGCUAAACGGGCUUCAGCCGAUAUUGCCAAAGUCCUAACCACGAACCAGUGUCACUCGGAAUAUAUCACCAGUAAAUACGGCUACACAGACCGCAUGUUAACGGUGGCUACAAAAGCCGGGAACCGAGAGGCCUUGAAGGUCUGGAUUGACCACCUGAAGAGCACUGGGGGCAGCCUUUACGAAAAUCUUCAUUCGGCUGUCAGAGGAGCUAUCCUGAUUCAAAGGUGGGAUAUGGUGGAUUUCCUUGAAAUGGAGUGCGGGGUUAUUUUCACCGAGACCAAGAUUGAGGCGCAGGUUGAAUCUCUCGCACUAGCCAUUCUCUCCAGAAGAGUGGAUACGGUACGAGAGAUUCUUGACCAGGGUGGCUUCGACAUCAACACAAAAACAGAGCAGCGCCCCUAUGGGGUAAUGUUUACAGCACUGUUGGAGAAACCGACGAGUUUGCCAAUUAUGAAUCUCCUUCUGGAUCAUGGGGCCAAUCCCAAUGAAUCCCACCUAAAAACGAAACUACUUCCAUUACAUAUUGCGGUGAAGAAAGGAGAUGUUGGGUUGGCGAGAGUGCUGGUGGAGCAUGGCGCCGACAUCCGAGCUGCGUCUCUUGUUCCUGUGAAGAAAGGCAAGCUGCAUCUGUUGCUUUCGGCCGCCCAGCAAAGGUCUACUCCUCUGAUCCAAUUCCUGCUUAUGCAGGGCAUGGAGAACUCCUUUACGUCGCAAGGGAAACGGUGGGAGGUGAAGGAAAGUGCAUUGCCAAGAGGCGCCAAUGAGAGGGUCGGCUACGAGUUCGGAUCGUACGUGGCUGUCAUACACUUAUAA